UUGUCCGUAAUAAAAACAAAGCGACACAUUCGUCACUGUUCUACAAUCAUGUCAAGCGUAGAUCAUCCGAUGAGUGACCCCGAGCCACUUUUCACGAAUAAUUUGCUGUCGACUGGAUCAAAUCCUUCGCAUGCGUCUAACAAUGAAACUCGAAGAGGUGCUGGCAUCUUGGGAACAAUUUUUCUGAUUGUGAAUACCACGCUGGGGGCUGGAUUGUUAAAUUUUCCUCAGGCCUUUGACAAGGCCGGUGGAGUAGGAACCUCUAUCGUAACCCAGCUAGGCUUUCUUGUACUGAUCACAGCUGCUCUGGUAAUACUGGCCAGUUGUAGCAACAGUACGGGUACGAAUACCAUGCAGGACACAUUUGCUGGAUUAUGUGGAUCCAAAUCGCUUACUUUCUGCGGAGUUUGUGUAACUAUUUAUAGUUUUGGCUGCUGCUUAACAUUUCUAAUAAUCGUUGGUGACCAAUUUGACAGAGUAUUUGCCACAUAUUAUGGUCUCAACUAUUGUCAUACGUGGUACUUAUCCAGAUCAUUUGUGACAGCCAUUUCUUGCAGUAUAUUCAUCCUGCCCCUGUGCUUUUUUAAAAGAUUAGAUGUUCUUAGUUAUGCAAGUACCAUUGGUUGUAUAACAAUUGUAUAUGUUGUAUGGUUAAUUAUUUACAAAAGCUUCGGCGAGCAGAAUGGCAUUGUACCUAUGAAAAUCUGGCCAGACAACGGAUACGAAGUUCUGCAGAUAAUACCCAUCAUUUGCUUCGCUUAUCAGAGUCACAUGACGGCGAUACCGACUUAUGCCUGUAUGAGAGACCGCAAUCUGUCUAAGUUCACUGUCUGUGCCGUCGUCAGUAUGCUGAUCUGCUACGCCACGUAUAGCGUCGUCGGCUAUUUCGGCUACGCCACGUUCGGCAGUGGCAAGGUUCCGAGCGAUAUCCUGCAAGGCUACACCGAUAAGAGUGCUGCGGUGACUGUGGCGAUAAUCGCAAUUGCGGUCAAGAACUUCACCACUUAUCCUAUCGUGUUGUACUGCGGUCGAGACGCGCUUCUCGGCAUCUUCGACGUGAAUCUCGAUCAAAUCGGCGUUCGCGUGAUCGUCACGUUAAUUUGGUUCAUCCUAUCGUUGGUCAUUGCCAUUCUCGUGCCAGACAUUUCGCCGGUUAUCAAUUUACUGGGAUCACUGUCCGCGAUGUUCAUCUUCAUACUGCCAGGCAUCUGCCUCCUGCAAAGUGUGUACUUGAAAGAUCCGGAAUUAUAUUUGAACAAGAAUCGUUUGUUAAUUAUCUUCGCGAUCUUCUUGACUGCGCUCGGAGCCUUCGUAUGCGGCGUCGUGUUCAUGGAGGCUCUUCAAGAUCUACAGAAGACGCCGACCAAACCGCCGUUGGUCACCGGUUUCAGACAGCUUAGAGAGAGUCUGUGCGUUUGAUCGAUGCUUGAGAAAGGAUCGACAUUGUGCAAUCUAAGAAAGAUCUUGGAUUCACUAUCACUGAUAACGAUCUGUUAAUAGCGUGCCAUGCUCUCUACAAAUCUCACAUGUAACUCGGUUCGAAUGAGACUGGAAAAACUGAUGUGCAAUUCGGCAAAUCAAUACUUCAGCUUUAAUGUUACAUUAAGAUAGAAAGUUGAGGUAUAUAUAGUUAAGGUGUCAGAAAAGACUGAGAUACACACACACGCGCGCGCCCACACACACACACACACACAAUUUUUACCAAUUAACUAAUUUGUGUGCAAAAUGGCAUGAAGCUGAUUUUUUUAUACCUUUGACAUCUUUCAAGCUCUUCCAGGCUUCUUGCCAAGAUGUGCUCAAUGUAGUAUAUAGAGGUAUAUUAUUUUUGAAUGUAAAUAAAAAAACAACUCUUUGUGAUA